ACGGUUCUUCUUGUUAUUUUGUUUAGUGUCCGUGUUCGUGAUUUGUUUUAGUUCACCCGAGUACCUGCCUGGCUUGUGUUGUCAAUGUGAUCCACGGCCUCUGGGUUGUCAGCUGUCUGGUUUGGGAACGGCAACCCUCGGAUCUUCUGAUAAAAAUCAUAAUGUUUGUUCUUCAUUUAGAAAAAUCAAAUGUUACUGAUACAUCGAUAAAUGCGUAUGUGAGGAUUUAUCUCAAAGCCUUUGCAGAAAUGAAAAACUUGGAUUCUGUUUAAAAAGAAGAAACGAAACUUUGGACUUAAACUUUGACAAGAUAUUUCUUCUAAAUCAGUUGUCUGUAGACAGGGAGAAGCUGGAAAUUCCCACUCUUUCUUGACUUUCUGCCAACAGAGUAAACAUCCUAAUCGAAGGUAGCACACAUACAGCUGGCAGAAGCCAAAAGAGGCUUCAACAAAAGCAACAAUGUUGUUGUUUGCAGCUAUUGGUAGUAAGGCAUCAGAAUACAGAAGAUGCAUUAAUAUCUGCAUACAGAGAUAUGUUUUAUAAUGUCGUUUUAUAUACAAGUUAUUUUAAUGCAAUGUUGAAUCUGUGCCACUCCCUGUGCAAUUACAAUGAGUAAAAAACAGUAUAGCAUAAAGGCACACCAUGCAUGUUAGUAGUGAUUAAAAAAAAGUAGGGGGUAUUUUAUUCAGUGCAUGAAAAUAAGAAUUUUGUACCUUGUGCUGAUGUUUAUUUUUGUAUUACUGUGCUGUUAGUGUUUUGGAAAGCACCUGUUAGGUUAUAUAAAAUGACAUAUUUAUGUUUUCUUGACUCGACGCUUUAUAAUAAGGGUGGUUGCCGAUGCAUUGUGAAUGGUGCUGAUUUGUAUUGCACGUUGUUAAAUGACACCACCAACCUUGAUGUGUGAGCAGGUAGAGAUCAUAUAAGUAUAUUUCAGACUAAUCUUUUUUUUUAAUCAUUUAAAGAUGUAAGAUUGAUGCUAUAUCAGCGUAGUGCUAGGAAAUGUGAAGGAAACCAUUUCAAGUCCUGUAACUUUUUCAAUCUGUAGUAGCGAUAAGCAGUAACAUUAGUGCAAGAACAUAUUUGCACAUUCCAAUCCAUUUGUAUUUACUGUAACCUCAAGUUGCUGGUUACCCUAAUGCAUACAUUCAAGAUUUAUCUGUCUCAGAGUCUUGUAGUUGUUUGUGAUGUUUCAAUGCAAGUGGACAGCAUCCAGGCCUUAUGGGAAUACAGGUUAUUCCAGUAAUGACUCUGGUGAAGAAAAGUAACUUCAGGUCCUUCCCAAAAGAAAGGAAACAAUAGAUUACAUUGGGGUUCAUUACCCAGCAUCCUGUUCAAGAGAAGAAGUGAUACUCAGGAUUUAUUUGAAUGCUUGGAUAUUUCUUCUAAAUCAGGUGUCUGUAGAAAGAGAAUCUGUAAAACUGGACUUUCCCGCCUGUCUUGAAUUUCUGCCAAAACAAUGAAGCUUAGCAAUGAUUGGUAACCCAGCGUAAACAGUAUAAAUAGAAGAGCUCUUUCUACUCUGCACUUCAUUUGAAGUUCUCAAGACAACAGAGUCCAGAAUCCAAAAGAAACUCUAACAAUAACAGCAAUGAACUCCACAGCCGUCCUCUUUGCUGUUUUUCUCUUGUUUGCAGCUGUUGAAGGCUCCCCACUUUACAACAAGGGCCGUUGCCGCUGCAUUGGGAGCAGUGCUGACUUUAUACAUUUAAAACGCAUUGAGAAGUUUGAAGUGAUACCAGCAUCCCCAAUGUGUCAGCAGAUAGAGAUUGUUGUUACAAUGAAGGACACUGCAGAGGAGAGGUGCAUGAAUCCCAAGUCAAAGCAGGCACAAAAUAUCAUCAGCAACUUGCUAAAGAAAAGGUCCUCACAGAAGUAAAACCACCAAGGCAAUCCCAAAGCAAUUCCGAUGUGACCCACAGACAAUUCUUCAGGAAGCUCUAGGGUUCUUUAAAGUCCCAGUUGUCAUGGUUACUGUUUCAGCCCAGUCUAAGAUUUUUUCCCCCCCAAGUAUUAAUUUUGAAAACAAAUGUGUGACAGUUUGUUUUUAGUUUGAAACUUUAGGCAUUGUAUUUUGCCAUAUAAAAAAUGUUUGUGUUACUGUACCUUAAUAUUAUAGUACAGUAUACAGAUAGAAUCUAGUGAAUGACUGCAUUUUUUGGUAUUUCAUCUGGGAUCCUGUUCAAAAAAACAAAAGCACAUUAUACCUUUUUAUAAAGGAAUCUGUUCAGACCUGUGCUGAAUUACUAUACAGUACAUCAUUUGUAACAUAUGUACAGUUGCAUGCAUUGUGUAAAUACACUUUUGUUGUUUGUGUUUUAUGUAAAUAUAAUGUACUUCUAACUUAUCAUGUUCAUAAUUAAUGAACCUGUUUUAAAAUG